AUGGACCAGUGGGAGACGCAAAUAAUUCCGAGAGACCAGGGGGCGCCGGUCAGCAUAAAAAUCCAACGAGGUAUUUUCCAGGGCGAUGCUCUGAGUGCCCUCUGGUUCUGCAUAGCGUUAAACCCACUCUCCUCCGCUCUCAAUAAUCUCAAACAAGGAUAUCCACUUAAUAAAGAACUUAAGCUCUCCCACUUAAUGUACAUGGAGGACCUCAAGAUAUUCUCGGACACCGAGAAGGGACUAAACCGGCAGCUCAGAUGCAUCGAGAACUUUUCAAAUGAUAUUCGAAUGAGGUUCGGUCUGGAGAAGUGUAAAGUUAGCAGACUUCAUAGAAGAGAGUGGCGUCGGAUGGACGGCCAUCAGCUUACACAACAUAGUGGUGGUGGAAAAAUAACGACGCUGGAUAAAGCUGAAAUCUAUAAAUACCUAGGUCUUGCCCAGGCGCGAGGAAUAGAUUCUAAAAGUGUCAAGACGCUGCUCACCGAGAGAUUUAAAGAGAGAGUCAAGCACAUCUUAAAAACAAGAUUGGUAGGCCGUAACAUGGCGACUGCAAUCAAUUCCUACGCCGUCCCUGCAGUGACGUACAGCUUCGGCAUCGUCGAUUGGACGCCGACAAGGACAACCCUAACUAAAUUCUGCGCUCACCACCCACGAGCUGGCAGAGAGAGGGUACAUCUACCUCGAAACAUCGGAGGCAGGGGAUUCUCGGAUUUGCGAAUAUGCCACAAGACCCAGGUGGAGCGGCAGCAGAAAUACUUCCAUAAAAAAAGCGAGAGCUCAGCGCUCCACCGAGCAGUGACAGGUCUAGAUAGAUCACUUACACCCCUCAUGUUGCAGGUCACACACUAUCAGUGCGACCCUAGGUAUUCAAUUUUCGAGCUCGAGACCCAGUGGCGGGGAAAGGAACUACACGGCAGAUACCCAAACUUGCUUGACAGUGCUGACCUUAACAAGCCCGCAUCAGUUGGCUGGCUAACGAACGGCAACCUUUUCCCCGAGACUGAGGGUUUCAUGUGUGCAAUUCAGGAUCAGGUCAUACCCACUCGGUCUUAUCUUAAACACAUAAUCAAGGACCCGACAGUAACUACAACGAAUUGUCGCAUAUGUGGAGAGGGCCAUGAGAAUGUUGAGCACCUCAUCAGUGGUUGCCGAAUACUGGCCCCGAAGGAGUACACUACAAGACACGACAACGUAGCCAAGAUAGUCCAUCAGGAAAUAGCCUUCAACCUUAAACUUCUAAAAGAGAAGUGUCCGUACUACUGA